AAAAACACUAUGAAAUGUCAAAUAAUGAAGUAAUAACAAUGAUAUCAAUGAUAUGACACAUCAUAAUAAUUUAACUUUCAGCACGCACGCAAUUCGGUCGGUACUCUAAUAUUUUUAAGAGCACGGCGAUAAGAUAAAUUUACUGACAUGAAGAUUAACUGAAAAUUAUACGCUCUUUUAGUUGUCUUAGUAUUUCGAAGAUUUUUGUGCAUUUUACUCGUUUUUAAAGUAUGUUCCUAGUGAUUUUAAGCUAAUAAGAAAACAAUAUGUCGUUUUCUAUUUACGUUCUACAAGUGGUCGCAUUUGUGGACCUAUUAGCAGUUGGUCUUAUAGUACCACUAGUAUCUGGCCAUGUAAGAAAUCUGGGAGGCAGUCAUUUAUAUGUUGGCCUUUUAGGUUCCAUUUAUGCUGGAUUUCAGCUGGUUUCAGGGCCCAUUAUAGGCAGUUUGAGUGAUCUUAAGGGCCGGAAAUCAAUUAUGAUAUUGACUCAACUGAUAUGUGCUGUUGCAUACACUGUGCUUGGACUUACUAACUCAAUACUCAUAAUUUUAUUGAUGAGAGCAGUAUUAGGACUCUUUAAGCAAACUCAGAUGUUAUCAAAGGCUUUAGUGCCAGACUAUGAGAAAGAUGAAAAGAAGCAGGGGGACAUCUAUGGAAAGAUGGCUGCCAUCUCAGGAGUUGGUAUCACGCUGGGCCCUAUUAUUGGAGGCCACAUAGCAGAAGAUAAUCCAGAAAAUGGAUUUCUACUAAUUGCCAUAGUUGUUGGAAUAUUUUUUGCCAUCAAUUCUAGUAUUGUAUAUUUUUUACCAAACUGUGAUAAUAAGAAGCAAUCUAAAAGUAAUUCCAAGGCCAAAGUUGUUCCUAAGAGUAUAUUACAAUCGGCAUAUGGAAGCAUCCGCCAAUCAAUUGUGGAGUUAUAUUACAUAGAAUGGUCGAUAUACUGGGACAUUUUCUUUUUCAAAGCUUUAAUUGGAUUUGCAAUGGGUGUUUACUAUUCAAACUACUCACUUUAUUUGAAAUCUGUAUAUGAUCUAUCUCCCAAGUAUAUUGGUUAUGUAAUAGCUUUUCAAGGAGUUAUAGGUUCAAUAUGCAGUUUUUUCAUUGGUUUUAUCAAUAACUUUUAUAUCCAUGAUAAAGAUUACAGCAUACGAAACUUCCAUGUGUUUUUAGUAAUAAGCAUAUCAUUAUUUGGAUUACUAAUGUCAUUUAAUGUUUAUAUUUAUACUCUUUGGUUAAUACCGUUAGCUGUAAGUAAUGCUGUUGGUAGGUUAGUUACAUUAGAAAUGGUUUUAAAAAGAAGUCAUGGGGAUCAUAGAGGUACAUUAAUAGGAGCCUCAAAUAGUAUGAGAUCCCUGACAGGAGUAGUUUCUCCUAUGGUUUCAGGAUUCAUUGGAGAGUAUUAUGGUGUAUCAUAUGUAAUAUAUGCAUCCUUGUUAUCAACUUUGUUAGGUGUUGUAUUAAGUUACAGAAAUAAAAUUAAGUUAAAGGCUGAUUAAAUUUAUGUUUUAGUAUUGUUAAAUGUUUGUAAAUAAAUAUAUUGAGUGAUGGGAUGUUACUUUUUCUUAAUCUUACCUUAUUCACCUCCCAAAUAACCUUAACCUUAAAGUUAACAAUAAAAACACAAUUUUUCCUAUGAAAAAUUACAUUUAAUUAGGAAAAUACUAACCAUUACAAAUUAACAUAAUAAAAUAGACAGUUUAUGUACAUGUCGUCCAACAUUCGAAUGUAACUACUCAUGAAACACAUCACUUGACACUCAUUCUUUAUCGAGGGCUUCAAUUUGCUUUUUUCUCAUGUCUUUGAUGAGCUGCUGUAUAGCUUCUCUAUCUUUCAUGUUCUCCGGUGGAAAUAUUUGGCGCUUAGUGUUAGUUACCCACUCUUCAAAAUAAGUUGGCUGAUUGAAAUAAAAGAACAGUCCUACCGGAAAAGAUGUGUACAUAGCCAUCCGUCCAACCUCUAAUUUCCAGUUGCCCAUGUCUCUAGAUCUUAAUUUAAAGAAUAACUCUUAAAAUCUGCUUCUAUAAGGAAAAUGCAAGGAAUCUAAAAAUGCAAAA